AUGUUCAAGAUUCCAUGGUGGAUCAAGACGAGAAUGAAUCCGAGAUAUUUCCAUCAUAUGAGAAAUAGAAAUACACAAGAGUUCGAUUUAUUAAAAUCAAGUAGCCUAUUUGAGACAGCAGUCUUCAAUGGAACUUCACCAACAUCACUUGCUAGAAAACAAGCAACAAAGAAAAUGCAAGCUUCAUGGCGUAAUCUCUGCCCGGGUAUCCCAAGAAAACAACAAACCUAA